UGUGUGCUGUUUUAGGAGGUGUCAAAAUGUCAUCAACAAUAGGUAUCUGCUUGAGCAUGGUCUUACUGACAGCUGUGGUGAUGUUGCACGGGUUAGGCGUCCCGCCCCCGGAUCUGGACUUGGACCUUAUCCGGACAAAGCCCUUUGAUCAUGAGAUGUUUCUUGGUGGAUAUAGGGCUGCCAAGGAGUUCAAGACACUAUCUGAGGAGGAAAGCAAGGCACGUCUUCAAGUGAUACUGAAAAAAGCCGAUGUCAACGCUGAUGGCCAUCUAGAUAAAGAGGAACUGCAGGAGUGGGUCAUCGGCUCCUUGAAAAACAUCGACAGAGUCAUCGCUGAAGAGCACAUGCUAAUCCAAGACAAGAACAAAGAUGGCCGCCUGUCUUGGGAGGAGUACAGUCAGCAUGUCUUGGGUUUCAUACCGGAAAGUGAUGAGCAAUACCCCGAUGAUGAAAUGAGAAUGGAGUUCAAAAGCAACAAGAAAAUGUUCAAGAUGGCUGACAAAAACAAAGAUGGAUUCCUGGAAGGAGAAGAGCUUUUGUCAUUCUACAAUCCCAAUGCUGUUGACGGUAUGCAGGAAGUGGUCAUCGAGAAACUCUUGGAGGACUUUGAUCUGAAUGGAGAUGGUGCUGUGGAAAUGGAUGAAUUUAUUGGGAAAUAUCAUGAUGGAAAUGACUUACCAGACUUGACAGGGAAGCGAAAGGAGCCACUAUGGGUGGAAGAGGAGCGGGAGAUCUUCAAACAGCAACUUGAUAAAGAUGGGAAUGGUGUGAUGGAAGGAGAUGAGCUGGUUCAAUGGGUUAAACCUCGCUACCAAAUCACAGCAGAGAAAGAGGCUAUUCAUCUAAUUGAUGUUGCAGACAGCGAUGGAGAUGGCAAGCUCAGUGUGGAUGAAAUCCUCGGCAAAUAUGAAAUCUUUACUGGGAGUAAGGCCACCCAUUUCGGCAGGCAUAUACGCAGUGAAAAGUUCCCACACCAAGAACUUUGAGUGUCUAACCUUGUUUUCAAAUUUGUUAAUUUAUUGUUAUGUUAUCUUAUGGGGUCACUUGGGAUGGAGGUUGUGUUUCAAAAACAAACUUGUGGUUUUGGGUGAGGGUACAUUUAGAGCUGCAUGGCAGUAAAUACUGGUUGAAAAGAUAACUUUUUCUCUUUUACUGCUUUACAAAUUUUCUUUGCUUAGGAAAUACUGAAUGGGGCACCAGUCUCAACAGUUUGCAAUUUGGGCUGGUUGCCUGUUUCUGUAAGCAAUAGAUUUUCUGUGCUGAGCAAUGUUGUGAACAUAAUAAUAAUUUGGGGGGCUAAUCGUCCUUACUCGCAGCUAAGAGCUG